GUCUAGGGUUUAAGAGAAAGCUCCAGAACCACAAGCAGCUCUGCGAGGCCAAACUUGACGAACAGUAAUGGGCGGCUUUUGGGGAAUUGAAGUAAAACCAGGGAAACAGUACCCUAUUGAGUUUCCAGAAGAUGAGGAUGCAAGGCUUAGAAUUACUCAGGCGACUUUAGGCCUCGGGGACUCAAAAGGGAGGAGCAUAGUUCAGUGUUCCGUUGGAGACAAAAGUCCUAUCUUUUUGUGUUCUUUGAUACCCAAGAAGAACGAAUCGUGUGCCUUGAAUCUUGAGUUUGAGGAGGAUGAGGAGGUGGUGACAUUUUCGGUGAUUGGCAAGCAAAGCGUCCAUCUCUCUGGCUUCUUUGAGACCUAUGAUGAAGGCGAAGGCGAACCUGUUGGAGAAGGAUUUGAGUCAGAUUCGUAUGAGGAGGAAAUUGGCGAGUCUGGGUCGGAGGAGUCAUCAGAUUAUGGUAGUGAUGACCAAUAUGAGUUGAUGGAUCGUGAUCUUGACAUUGACCGGCCUUCACAUCCUACCAUAAGUAGAGUUAUAAUUGAAGAGAUAGUGGAUGAUGACGAGCCUACUGAUGGAAAGGGUCAAUCGAAACCUCUACUUGAGAUCAAUCAAUCAAAUGGAUCUGAAGACAAUACAAAAGGUGCUGGUGUUCCUGUUUUGGAAAGUGAAGAUGAAGAUGGCUUUCCGAUAUCCACCAAAAACAAAACGAAAUCAGACACCGACGCUCAAAAAGAUAAAGGAACUUCUAAUAAGUCGAGGAAAGUAAAAGAUGAUGCUGCAGGAUUGAAAAGGAAGGUUGAAAAUACUGACCAAGAUCAUCAAGAAAGGCAAAAGAAAAGUAAGAAAAAGAAGCAACUUAAUGAUGGAAGUACUGGUGAAAAGGAAAAGCAACCUGAGGUCGUGAAGAGCAAAAAUGAGCAUGGACAACUGCUAUCUAAUGAGAAGAGCUCCGACAUCAAAAUGGUUUCUGUUCCUACUGAGAAUCACGCAGAGGAGAAAAAGAAGAACAAGAAGAACAAGAAGAAAUCCCAGGAGACUGAAGAAAAAACUAAUGCCGAUCAAACUGCUGCUGACGUGGGAAAAAGCAAUGGCAAGUCAUCUAAAGUGAGAACCUUUCCAAAUGGAUUGAUUAUUGAGGAUGUAGCUAUGGGUCGACCAGAUGGCAAAAGAGCUGAUCUGGGGAAGAAGGUCAGUGUUCGCUACAUUGGCAAGCUAAAGAAUGGGAAACAAUUUGAUGCAAAUGUAAAAGGGCCACCAUUCAAAUUCACAUUAGGUGUAGGACAAGUUAUAGCAGGAUGGGAUGUUGGGGUUAAAGGCAUGCGUGUUGGGGAUAAAAGAAGACUUACUGUUCCACCAUCAAUGGGGUAUGGACACAAAGGUGCUCCCCCUUCAAUACCACCAAACUCAUGGCUCGUGUUUGAUGUCGAGUUGGUUGCUGUUAAUUGAUUCAGCUGCAGUCAUUCCUCCAGUUUUGAAGUUUUGUUCUGUUCUUUUGGCUGGGCAGCCUGUGUGGAGAAAACAGGGCAUCGGUUUUUGCUUUAUAGCCACAGAUCUAUGAAACAUCGGUUGAUGCCAGUUUUGAAGACAUGUGAGCAUGUUGAUGAGUUUAAGAUCGGUUGGUCGUAUUACUAAACCAUAAUUCCUGUGAUUUAACCUUUGAAACAUUUGUAUGAUGUUCCUAUUUUGAAUUCGUACCCUACUUUAGUCAGCAUUCACAAAUUUAAGAAAAAGUUUGGAAGGAUAUUUACAUUCAAGAAAUAUUUGAGAAGAUGGUUUAAAAUUUCAA